AUGGGCCUUCCCUGCUCAACCUUCAGCAAAGCAGGUCCAGCACACCCAGGUGUGCCCAACCCACCACCUGCUUCAGGUUUGUCUGAGAGGGUGGACAAAGCAAUUUUGGAGGUGCCGAAGGAGGAAGUCAAGCCUACAUCAGCCACCCACAGGAACGAGUACAUGGCCUAUUUGCGUGCAGCUCGCAACCCUUCGAAGUUGCCUCCUGCACUUCGAUCGACAUUUGCAGCUGUUGGCGCACAAAGGCUGGACCUGUUCCAGCUGUGGAUGGAAAAGAGCAAAGACUUUUCGUUGGUGGAGAUCGAGAUCCAACGUCGCAAUGUCCAGCGGCAAACGGCUACAAGCCGAAAUUUGUGCCUGAGCAGAGCCCAGCUACUUGCCAGUGGCAGGUACACUGAAGAUGAUGUCAACGAUUUGAUUCGGCGUCGGACUGAGUCUGGUGCUUUCAUACCAGACCCAAACUUUCCAGACCGCAUCGACCUUCGGCAGUACCUUGUGAAUGCUGAGACUGCUGCUGAGAAUGCACGGGUGCGAGAGGAUUCCCAGGCCAUCUCCUUGACAGAGGACGGUGCUGACUUUUCAGUGCAUGCCGCCCCGACUGUCAGAUCCCUCACUGCCGAGCUGUCCGGGCUUGAGCACCCACCCCAAGAGCACAACCAGCUGCAGCCAGACGCCAAAGCAAAGGCCAAGGCCAAACCACGAGCAAAACCCAAGGCUGGGAAGGGCAAGGGGGGGAAAGGUAAGGCAGCAGGUGCAGAGGGUGAGGAUGGGCCAGCACCAGACAAGGUGCCCACAGCUUUGGAAAAGGCGACUGCCCUGAAAUCCAAAGUGCUGAAGGAAGCUGAGGAAGCGCGUACGCUUUGCGUGUCCAUUGAGGGGCUCGAAUGCAGUGGUGAUUUGGUGGCGGCAUUGACCCAACACUCUCAGUCAAUGCUUGGGGUGUACCGCGAUUUGAACAAGCUGACCGUUGCUGGUGUGGAUGACGAAGCAUCCUACGCCAAUCUUUUCCAUUACGCCAGCACAUACAGUGCGUGGUAUGCCAAGCGCAAACGCGUGGCCAACAGCAUGAAGGCUGCAGCGUCCACCAUGGACUGA